AUGGACCUGAGCGCGGCCGCCGCGCUGUGCCUCUGGCUGCUGAGCGCUUGCCGCCCCCGCGACGGGCUCGAAGCGGCCGCCGUGCUGCGAGCGGCGGGGGCAGGGCCGACCGGGAGUCCGGGGGGCGGCGGCGGCGGCGGGAGGACCCUCGCCGCGACUGCGGGCGCCUCCGCUGCCCCGGCCGCCGCGGCUCUCGGGCCCCGCGCCGCGCGCCGCGCCGCGGGCUCCGGCUUCAGGAACGGCUCGGUGGUGCCGCACCAAUUCAUGAUGUCGCUUUACCGGAGCCUGGCCGGGAGGGCUCCGGCCGGGGCAGUCGCCGCCUCCACCUCGGGUUCUGGCCGCCACAGCCGCGCGGACACAAUCACCGGCUUCGCAGACCAGGCGACCCAAGACGAAUCGGCAGCGGAGACCGGCCUGAACUUCCUGUUCGACGUGUCCAGCCUUCCCGACGCCGACGAGGUGGUGGGCGCGGAGCUGCGUGUGCUGCGCCGCGAGUCUCCGGAGCGGGGCCCCGGCAGCGCGAUUCCCCCGUUGCUGCUGCUGUCCACGUGCCCCAGCGCCGCGCGCGCGCCGCGCUUGCUGCAUUCCCGGGCCGCCGAGCCCCUGGACACCGCGCGCUGGGAGGUGUUCGACGUGGCGGACGCCUUGCGGCGCCACCGCCGGGAGCCGCGCGCCACCCGCGCGUUCUGCCUCUUGCUGCGCGGAGUGGCGGGUCCCGCGCCGGUCCCACUGGCACUGCGGCUGCUGGGCUUCGACUCGCGGGGCGGAGGCGGAGCGGCGGCGGCGGAGGAGCGCGCGCUGCUGGUCGUCUCCUCCCGCACGCAGAAGAAGGAGAGCCUGUUCCGAGAGAUCCGCGCCCAGGCCCGCGCGCUCGGGGCCGCACUGGUAGCGGAGCCGCCGCCGGAUCAGGGACCUGGCAUGGGGUUGCCGACGGCGGUCAUCGGCGGCCGCAGGCGGCGGCGGACGGCGUUAGCCGGGACUCGGGCAGCGCAGGGCAGCGGCGGGGGCGAGGGCCGGAGCCACGGGCGCAGGGGCCGGAGCCGCUGUAGCCGCAAGCCCCUGCACGUGGACUUCAAGGAGCUGGGCUGGGACGACUGGAUCAUCGCGCCGCUGGACUACGAAGCGUACCACUGCGAGGGCGUUUGCGACUUCCCGCUGCGCUCGCACCUUGAGCCCACCAACCACGCCAUCAUUCAGACACUGCUCAACUCCAUGGCGCCGGAUGCAGCGCCGGCCUCCUGCUGCGUGCCCGCGCGCCUCAGCCCCAUCAGUAUCCUCUACAUCGACGCCGCCAACAACGUGGUCUACAAGCAAUACGAGGACAUGGUGGUGGAGGCGUGCGGCUGCAGGUAGCAUGCGGGCCAGGCCGGGCCAGGGAGGGGGCAGCCGCGCCACCAAGGACUCCCCGCUGAGAGCAGCUUCGGGCCGAGCCUGUCACCUAGCGUGGCUGCGUGUCGGAGUCUGGCCCGGCGGCCGCACGGAGGAGGAAGAGCGCACGUUCACACACCAACACUCACACCCACACACUUCGUCCCUCAUGCGCACGUUUACGGUGGAAGCAUCCGAAAGCCCUGGGAAGAGAUGACCUUGACGCUACCGAAUGUCACAGUCAUGUGUAUUUUGCAAACAGAUCACCAUUGCGCCCACCGCCCCCUUUUGGGGGGAGGAUGGCUUUGCAUUGUUGUUACAGUAACCGGCACCAAAUCGGGUAGAAACGGGUUAGGGAAUUGGGGGCUUCAGCAUAGGGGAGCUAAAGGGAUACUUGAGUCUCAUUUCACCCCUUUUUGUUUCCGGCUGAGUGUGGGGCACGGCCCGCUGGGGGGCAGAGUUCCCGGUGUUGCACCUGAGACCGACGGAAGGGCUGUAAUGCCCUUUCCGAAGGCUUGCGUUGCAUCGGGGCCAUUUAUUCUGGGGAGGAACCGCUGCAAAAGCGUUAUCUUUUUCCUCGAACUUUCAAAAUCUAACAUUCUCCCAGUUCUGAAAAGGAACAUUUGUCGGAAAGACUGCAUUGUGGAGCUUCCCAGAUCUCUGCAACGGUCAGCACCACCUUUUUUAAAAAAUACAAAUUCCAAUUGGGAAUGAUCUAGAAAAUGGAAAGAAAGUUUUCGGAGCGGGGAGGUGAGAUGGGGGAGAGGUUUUAAAGCGCCAGUCUGACCUGACAUGUCAUCGGUUCGGGGGUGCGCGGCAUCUGUCAGUUUCUGCAGCUCCUAAGCUGGGUAGACCGCGGUGUCCGCAGUGCCUUGGGGGCGCGCAGGAGGAAGCUAGUGCAAUGUCUGGGGAUGGGGAAAGGGGGCGCUAUGGCUUUCCCUAGAGACCUGCCAGGAGGUUUUCCUAAGGAGCUGGGAGGAGGCUCCUAGGGUUUGAAAGAGGCCCGGAGGUGUCCUAGGGCGGACUCCUGCAGAGGACUGGGGCUUGUCUGCCGGGUAGGCACAGCCCCCUCCAAAUGGUGCCCUCGAGUGGCCAACACGUGCUUGUGCUCAGCUAUCAAGGCUGUGUCGGCUUUGACGUGCUUUCACUGUAUUGUUGCUGUGGUUUUUGGCAGUGCGAUAGUAACGGGAAGCGAAGCCACACAAAAGUGCUUUUGUGAGAUUUCAACUCCCCACAAUCCAGUGGUUCAGAGCAGGAGGCAGGUCGGCCCCUCCCCUACUUGCUCCGUGGACGGGCAUCUGCAGCUCGGCUGCUGUGGCCCCUUUAGAAGUGUGGCAGUAUGGGGGCCGGAGGUGGAAGCCUAUCCCCCAGUCUCUGUAUUUUGCUCCCAGGAUUCUUGCUGAUGGUGGGAGUGUCUGUCCAUGUAAAAGGGAGGUCGAACAUGCCAGACUUUGUGGUCCUGUUUGGUUCAUUUCUGCCUGGGAGUCCUCUGUGGCCUGUGUAAAUGGUUGGGAGAGGGAAGAAAAACCAGUUGGAUUCCACCUGUUUGGGGCUCCGAGGGCUUCCUUGAGAAACCCUGCAGCCCUCCUGGGUCCUCCCGUUUAUGGCUGUGCUGGGCUUUCUCCUUUAGGGUCCCCAAGAGGCAUUCAUCUUGCCCUUCUUAUCUUGGAUGCUAAGGUCCAAGACAAUUUAUACAAAUUUUAAUUCUCAGUGAUUACACUCUUAAGAGAGAAAGAGAAAGUUGAAAGAUUUAGAUACAGCUAAUUUAUUUAAGGUCCCACCUGAGUCCUUUUUGUCCUUUAAAGUUCCCCCAAAGGAGGAGAAAGCACACUUAUAAUGUGAAUUUAUAUGCUGUGGCUAUGUGAGUACCUAUACAUAACCUGAAAAUGCAACAGUCUCUUCAGGUUAAAACGAACAAAUAACACAAUCCCAAAGUGGCUUCCAUCCGAUUUCAAUGACUGGGCAAACAUUUACGAAUUUUGCCAGGGAAGCCGCACUCUCCUUUUCUAAACUAUGAUUUCAAUAAUAAUUGCAUGGUGAUUGCUCUGAUACCUGUCUUAAUGAAGAAUUUUUUAAAUGGCACUAAAGUAUUAAAAGAUGUGGUAUUAGAAGUUUUAGAAAGGGAGCUGAAAAGCUAUAGCUAAAUAUUAUUUUGGAGAAAUUCUAGGCUAUAUAAUAUCUUUGGACAAAAGCAAACAUUUGAUGCUUUUUUAGUGACUAGGAAAAACAAUCUGGAGGAAGAAAUGUCUUGAUUUAGCCUGAGCUUUUUAUGGCGGGAAAAAAAAUGUUCAUUUUCUGUUUCCUCUGUUGACUUGCUUCUCCCAAGGGGCGUUGUAAAUGACGGCGGAAGGGGGGCAUCUCCCUGCAUCUUGCGUCCAGGCAGCACCCCUGGAUGGGGAACACUGUCCUUGGUCAGUGACGGUUCCUUCGAUGGCCCCUUAUGCCCUCAGUGUGUUAUCACAUAAAAGGAAUGCCUCCUAGAUCUCCUCCAGAGCUGCAUGUAACCACCAGGGACCACUGUGGCCCAUCUCAGGCUUCUGGCGUCUCAGAGUUAAAAGCAGGUGAAUGGAGGGGAUGGUGUGCUGCACUUUGUAAAAAAGACAGCAAAAGGGCCAUCACGUGUGGAGGCAGACAGGUUUUUGCUGCAGAGCUGUGGUUUGAGUAGCUUUGUCAAGAUGUGGAGAAGCGUGUUCCGCCCGCACAGUUGGUAGUGCCGUGUACCGUCUGUCUGUCUUCUAGACACCAGGGGGCAGGGCCGAAUCACCCAGCUGGAAUCUCCCAUCCCCAUGGGUGAGAGAGCUGGCUGUUGACAAUCAGGGACGGAGUGUGUCAGGACUGCGAGCGAAGGUGGCUCUCCCCAUCUCACCUGUGGUCACCAACGUAUUCCUCUCAGAGUAAAUCACAUUUUCCAUUUUGCUGGGGGAGAAUCUUGUACUGCUAGUUGAGAUCAUUCAAACUACUCUUCCUGCUAGAGAGGGAGGGUUGCAUCCCUGGCUGGGGAGCACAGGGCAGGCCAGCUGGGGCCCUCAGGGGGUUGGUGCCAGGUGUGUCAAACACCCAGGCAGUCUGGUCACUGCUGCUUGAAGCCAGACUUCUGCACCAAGGGCGACCCUUGCCCUGGCAGGUGGCAGUGCCCACCGAUGCCGCAAUGCUUGUCUGGCUGAAUUCUGGCUUUCCAGUCAGGGGGCUGGGUCCUCCGGAGAGGGUGGCAGGCUUUGUCAGCUUAGCUUGGGGAAGCGGGCUUGAGCUGUGCCAUUCAUCGUGUACACGCUCCCCUUCGCCCUCCUGUCCUGGCAUUUUACUGCUAACAUGGCACGGGAGGGAGAGGAGGAGUGGAUUGUGUGAUUGGCGAGUCACCCCAGUGCGAUGACUUCCCCCUUGACAGCUCUCGGAGGUGUUGGCCGGAGUAGAAACCUCGCUUCUACCAGUGCUCAAGGGAGUACCGAGCACCUUGUGGAUGUGAUCCCAGUGUAAUUCAAACCCUACAAGUCACUUAUCCUGAUCUCAACUUCAUUCAAACUCAAAGCAGAAAAUAGCUCUGGACUGUAGACGGACCUUCUUAAAGCAGGGAGAGGAACUGAAUGCUUUUCAAGAGCAGCUCGUGCACAGAGUCAGACUCUUCCCCUCUUGAAUGUGCUCUCCAGAAAAUCCAGUGAGAGGAAGAGAAAGCACUGCAGCCAUCUCUGGGCCACAAACGAUUCUCAGGACACAGAACCUCCUGCAGGUCCAGAAAGCAGGGCUGGCUCAGUGGGCUGUGGGCCAGAGGGCCUCUGAGGGAUGCCGGGUGGGCUGGGAGGCUCUGGAAGGCAGCAGUUAGAAGGGGCCAGGGGCCGGCAUCGUCCUCUCAGAGAGGGCCUGGCCUGGGCAGGGAGGAGUCAGCGGCUGAGUGAACCUAACAGCUAGAGGACAGUGGGAAUGGGAGGCAGCUAGACCCCUCUGAGGGGCUGUGGGUGGCGCUGGCGGCCGAGCCCACCAUGGCCUCCUCACGCCCAGGACUGAACUGCCCCACCCGGCACAGCCACCGCAGGAAGCCCGCUCCACAAGGCAUCUCUGCAGAAGCCACCGCCCUGCUCAGAGCUUCAACUUCUGCUCCUAUAAAAUGAGGAGCGCUCAGGUCCCAUGGUUCUGGGAUUCUCCUUUGUCCCCAGAGCCCACUGACGUCA